GGGGGAUUCUCGCAGACGUCCGGCACUAAACAAAGAGGACAUGCUGAAAAAGCGCUGCUAUAAAUACAGACUGAUGAAGGAGGAAGUCAUUAUUUUAAUGAAAAGAUCAGAGUAGAAACGAAUACUGCUUCAUUUAUGGUCCCAAAGUACAAUGAAGUUCUGAACGACUUCAAUCUGGGCUUAACAAUUACCCGUGUACUUGACUUGGGUAUAUGCCACGUCAAACCAUUGGAGAAAAGCUUGCCAAAUCCUGAAAAAUUGAAAGCUUAUAUGGAUUUUUUAAAAAAAUUGAAUGCCUCGUUGGAUGGAAAAUCUGGUUUGUUGGGUCCUAGUGCAUCUGAAUGGACCAUUGAUAAACGAUUGGAGACAAAAUAUUUGAAACCACAAGUGGUUAAAUUUUGCGGCACAAUGCCUGUUUACAGUAUGAAAGAAAUUACCAAAGAUGAAAAUGGUGACGCGGAAGCAUUAUUUAUGAAAUCGUUUGAUAGAACUGGCAGUAGAAGAAAACGCUCACCCCAGUUUAAACUUUGUCCAGGGGCGAAGAUGUCUUCCAAAUGUAACCCCGACAACUGGAUACUCAAUUGCAAAUUUAAACCAUCCACAAGAGCCGACUGUUAUGAAAAUUGUGCUUUGCCAGUCAAACGUCUCAACAGAAAUAUUAGAAACUGCCGUUUUUCUAGCAGAUUUUCAUCACUUGUGUGUUGCAGUCCUUCCUGUCCAACCAGUUGAUCGUGUAUACUGCCCGUAGGCUUUGAUAUAUAGAUCAGUUGUGUUUAAAAAUUUAUAAACGUUGAAAGUGGCUUCAAUCUUUAAAAGCUUCAAG